AUGGGUGACUGGGUUGAUGGUGUUUGGGAAUGGAAGUUAGGUUGGAAUAGAGACUUGAGGGGGAGAGAGCAAGAUUGUUCUUCUAACCUCCUAGCAAUCCUCUCCAAUGUUGAAAUCUUAGCAGGAAAAGAAGAUGGCUGGAGGUGGACGGCGUCGAAUAACAGUGUGUUCACGGUCAAAUCGGCGUACAACAAGAUUCGAGAGUUUGCUGUCUCCACUCCUCAAGGUGCGGUGGGUAUUGACCUUCUCGAGAUGUGGAAAGCUCCGGCGCCUUUCAAGGUAAAAACAACUGCUUGGAGAGUGUUGAAAGGAAGGCUUGCCACAUGUGAAAACCUGAUCCGAAGACAGGUGAUCAUUUCAGUUCCGGAUUCAGAAUGUGUGCUCUGCAAGGAACAGACCGAGACGAUGGAGCAUCUCUUCUUCAAGUGCCAAAAAUCUGACGAAAUUUGGUGGAACCUACUGCAGUGGCUUGGGUUUGAAUCAGCUUUGCCCGUUAAGGCCAAAGAGAAUUUUCUCGCCUUUUCAAAUCUUGGUAAAAAAACUGACUCAGCUCUUCUCAUCGCUGUUUGGUUGUGUACUAUUUGGUCAAUUUGGAACGGGAGGAACAAUUGCAGAUUUAACCAAGGAACGUGGAAUAAGGAGAAGCUGACGGCAGAGAUAAAAUCACGUGUGUGGGGGUGGAUCUUGGCUUACAAAAUGCCGAAUUUCUGCAUCGACUUUAGGACGUGGGUUACUGAGAUUAGAAUCUUGGCUUGA